AUGACUGACACUUGCUGCUCUAGGACUUGCAUUAUUGCUGCUUCCACUCUGUCUGUCUGCUCUAGUGAUCUGGGCUGUGACAGCCGAGUUUGUUCACCUAGUGUUUGCACCAGCUCCUCCUGGAAGGAGGGUGACUGCCAAGAGAGCUACUGUGAGCCUCCCUGCUGCCAGUCCUCCUGCUGUGCCCCCACUUGCUGUGCCCCAGCUCGCUGUGUGACUCUCAUCUGCACCCCUGUGAGCUGUGGGUGUAGUCCCUGCCACUGCCAGCCUGCAUGCUGCACCUCUUCCUCCUGCCAGCAGUCAUGCUGUGUGCCUGUCUGCUGCAAGCCUGUCUGCUGUAAGCCUGUCUGCUGUGCAUCUGUCUGCUGUAAGCCCAUCUGCUGUGAACCUGUCUGCUGUAAGCCCAUCUGCUGUGAACCUGUCUGCUGUAAGCCCAUCUGCUGUGAACCUGUCUGCUGCAAGCCUGUGUGCUGUGAACCUGUCUGCUGUAAGCCAAUCUGCGGUGGGUCCAGCCCCUGCUCAGCCUCCUCCUGCUGCCAGCCCUCUGUCUGCUCCUCCUCCUGCUGCAAGCCCUCCUCCAGUGUGUCCCUCAUCUGCCGCCCUGUGUGCAAGCCCGCCUGCUGUGUUCCAUCAUGUGGCCAGGAGGCCAGUUGCUGA